GGCGGAAGUGGGGGCGGGGAAGGAGAAGGAGGUGGCGGCGCCAUGUCGGUGUUGCCGGAUGAGUCGCGCUCGCUGCCGCCGCCGAACAUCGUGAACCACAACUCGGUGGUGUUGGCUAGCAUAGGCUGGGCUGCGGUUGUGCUCAACAACCUCGGCCACCGCCGCCCCGCGCUGGGCACCGGUGUCCAUCGCCAGAUCCUUGCUAUAUCGAUAGGCUGGUUUGUUGGCUAUUAUGCAACCAGACGAGAAAACUACUACUACGCUUGCCGGGACAGAGCUCUGUACCAAUACAUAAAGCAUCAUCCGGAGGACUUUCAGCCGAAAGAAAGGAAAAAGAUGGCCGAAGUUUUGGAGCCCUUCCAUUCAAUUCGCUGAAGACUCUCCAAGCAACUACUGACUUGUCUUCUGAGGCACGUUCUUCUGACCAUUUCUAUGCAUAUGAUUGAAGCAGGCUAUAUAUGACUAACUGUCCAAAUGCCCCGGCUUAAAACAGAGGGCUCUCGUAUUUAAAAAGUAUGAAUAAAAACUGUUCCAUUCAUUAGUAA